AUGAGAGUGAAAGUGAUGAAUAAGGAGGUGAGGAUGAAAGUGAUGAAGAAGGAGGUGAGGAUGGAAGUGAUGAAGAAGAAGAGAAGACGAGUCGGACACUUGAUAACCCAGGCAAAGCUAGAAAUCAGGGAAGGGAAAAAUGUGAAGACCAAUGAAAAGAUAAUUGAUGAAUUGAACGGUCUCGAAGAUGUAGAAGCUGGUGCAAAGUGUGGGGAGCAGGAAGAGGAUGAUGAUGAUGAUGAGGAGGAGGAGCCAAAUAAAAAAAGGAAGAGAGCACCCCCAAAAAGGAUGUCUGAAGGUGCAUCAAGCAGUGCCCAACCUCCUAAACGAGGACGCGGUGGUCGUGGUCGUGGUGGGGAUGUUGAUGAAUGA